AUGGAUUAUACAUUUAUAUAAAAUAGUGAGAAUUUCAAUUUCUAUGGAUUGUUCUCAUAUUUUAAAUUAUCUUUUUAACAAGACCUACACUUGAAUUAAAUGAUUCAAAAAGCUAAAGAAGUAGAUACUCUUUAAAAAAGAAUAUGCGAUCCAGAAUUUUCAUAUAAUCCAAAAUUAUUUAGUAUCAACAAUUAUCCUAAAUAUUUUAAUUAAAAUAAUAUCAUAAAAUACUCACAUUAAGAUACUAAAUAAAAAAUAAUGUCUUGCAAAUAAUUUGGGUCUUAAUUUAAGGAGUAGUAUUUUUAUAUUUUAGGUUUGCGAUCUUUACUUUAUUAACCUAAUACUUUUGAAUAAAGUCUUUAAUAUAUGUGUAUAUACUCGAACUUAAUUUAGCUAGAAGAUUAUAUCCUUGGGUAGCUUUUGAUAUAUUCCUUAAAAAGAAAUAAUUAGUGUUAUUUUUUAACUUUAUAGAUCAUAUCUUUUGUGAAAUAUAUGAUGGUGAAUAAAUGAAAAUGGUCCAUUUUGUAUAAUUAGAAGUAUGAUAUAUUUAAUUAUUUAGAAAGUAACUUAUGGAUUCUAAUUAGAUGAAAUAAUAGUAACAAAUAAUAAUAAAUGUAUCAUAUAUAGAGCAAGAUAUUAAGAAUAAAGAAACUAUAUAGCUGAAGUUUUUCGUUUUGCUAUUGCUAAAGAUCUUGAAAUAAAACUAAUGUCUCAUUUUAUUAAUCCUAAUGAUCCUGAUUUUAGAGCUAAAAUAAUAGAUCAAGAAAAUGUAAUAGAUAAUUUUUAAUUUUAGAGUAUAGAAGUAGUGAAACAAUAAAACUUUAAAUUGAUAAGAAAUGAUAGAGUAAUUCCUCCUUCACCUUUAUUAUCAUAUAAAGGUAGGAUUAUAAGUGAUUAUUUAUAAAACCCCUUACAUGGGAAUUUUACUUAUUAUAUUAGUUUAGGUUAAAACAAUAUUGUUUAACAUAAGUAUCCUCAUAAUUUUAUUACAAUAAUACCAUAUAUGUCUGAUUAAUUUUAUAUGGAAGAAACAUAAUGUUAAACAUGUUUAGGAUUACAUAUUGGUAAAUAGUUAAAUUAUGCUUAUUUUGGAAGUUCAUAAGAAAGAGAAAACUAUAAAAAUGCUAUAAAAGCAAGAAAGAGUGGAAUAAUUAAUUUAGAUGUAAUUUUUAUUCAUUUUGAAGAGGAUAGUUUAGAUAGAUUAAUUUAAUUUAAAAGAAUAAAAUUAAAAGAAAUAAAUCUAAAAAUUGAAUAAACAGAAUAAUAGUUAUAAUAAUUAUUAUCAAUAAAGAAUGAAUUAGAAAUGAAUGUAAUAGAAGAAGAAUUAAAUUCAGCAAUAAAAUAGAAAUUAUUGAAGUAAUCAUAAUCUUGA